AUGGGAGUGCCCGUUCGGAGAAAUCAGAUACCUUCCCAGGCCAUCGACGCCCUUCGUGACCGCCCCCGACCUCCGACGGAUCCUCCCAUUUUUCUCUCGUCGCGCGCUUCGCGGACGAAGCGUCUCGCCCCCGAAAUUACCGAUCGCGACUCGACGCUUGCGACAUCGGACACGACUGUUCACGCCUGUUCCGUCAUACUCUUCUUCGAAGCGCUCACCGCUUCUUUCUUUCUCGGUUCCUUCACGUCGCUCCUGUCAUUCCACCUGAGGCCUCGUUGCCUGUAA